UCAUAAAGACUUCCUGUUUUUACAGUAGGUGGAGCCAUGUGUAUAAAUAUAAGAGGUACUGUAAGAACAUCACAGGACAGCACAGCCAACAGCAAAACAAUCCACACAGAGAAGAUAUAGUCCCAGCCAGCAAGAUGGUUCCAGUGUUGAUGUUACUCAUGGCAGCUCUUGUAGCUGCAGAUGAGCCGAUGAUGGCUCUCUCAGAGCCAGCAGAAUCUGUUUCUGUGAUUCACUGUGAUUCUUCUACUAUAUGUCCUGAUGGAACAACGUGCUGUCUGAGUCCUUAUGGCGUGUGGUACUGCUGCCCAUUCUCAAUGGGUCAGUGCUGUAGAGAUGGAGUUCAUUGCUGUCGUCAUGGUUAUCACUGCGAUUCGACAUCGACCCAUUGUUUAAGGGGGUGGUUGAGACUGCCAUCUUCUCCCAAGCCAGCCACCAAAGCUAUCCAGAAACCUCAGUCUGUGUCCUUUGACCAGGCUCUCAAUUGGGAGAGACAGACUGAGCAGGUUCAUUGUGAUGGAAAUGUCUACUGCCCAACUGAGCAGUUCUGCUGCAAGUCAGCAACUGGCCAAUGGGGAUGCUGCAGCGAGAUGGUGUUGUAAGUAAACGUCCCACGUGACCUGGGUGCAGCUUGUUGUUUGUCAAAGUGCAAGAGGCUUUCAAAUGUCACUGCUGAGAAAAAGCAAUAAUAUGCAUCUAAACGAAAACAAUGCAACAUAAAAUUAAAAAAAAAUUACAGACAAAUGUCAUUGUCAUUUAAUAAAUAAAUUGUUUUGAGAGUU